GUUAUUUCAUGAAUAGGGUACUGAUUUGAUUUGUUGUUGUAUUUUGUGAAACCUUGGUGGUCAGGCCAAAAACAAUGUCUCGCUGUGCCCCGAGGUGUGUAACAAAGAGUGCCACGAGGCUUUUCAACCUCACACGCGCUCUCUCCAUUGAGGCGCGCGAGCAGAAGGUCGAGCGCAUCGCCACCGAGCUUCUCAACCUCAACAGGUUCGAGAGGCACGACUUCACGGUCCUCUGGCGGCUCAAGAUGGGUCUACACCGCUAUGACGCCGCCCCGGUGGCCGGCGUUGCGACGCCGUCCGUCGUCGGCGCGAAGGUCGGUGCUUCCGUGGCGGUGGAGAAGACGGCGUUUGAUUUGAAGUUGGAGAAGUAUGAUGCUGCUGCCAAGAUCAAGAUCAUCAAAGAAGUUAGGUCUUUCACUGAUUUAGGGUUGAAGGAAGCCAAGGAAUUGGUGGAGAAGGUUCCUUGUGUUUUGAAGAAGGGGCUCACCAAGGAGGAGGCUAAUCCCAUCAUGGAGAAGCUCAAGGAGUUGGGCGCUGCUGUUGUGUUGGAGUGAUGAUUCUGAAUUUUUUUUCUUUGUGUUCUAGAGUUUUGUGUCAGUUGUAGAAUAAUUGGAACUUGUUUGUGGGUAAUAAUGAUGAAUGAUGAAUGAUAGAUGGUAAGUUAUAUAUUAUUAUUAUUAUUAUUGUCCCACUUCCCUCCUUUUUUUAAUGUUUUGUUGGUAGGUUGAUAGUUUUUGUGAUAUGACAUUCUUAAUUUCAAUUGAAGUAAUAUUGAAUAUUGAUGACCA